AUGUCGUCACCUAAGCCAUUUGUUCUCUUCUUCAACCCCGUACGACAUGCCGUGCCAUUCUUCGAAAAGCUGCAAGAGCUCGCGCACACGGAGGUUGUCACCAGCAAAAGCAGGGAGGAGUUUUUCAAGGAUAUCACAGACAAGUACAAGAAUAUCUUCGCCAUUUACCGGACAUCUGCUAGCGGUAUUUCGACAUUAACAUGGUAUCUAAUGCAGGUAGCCGGCAAGUUUGAUGCUGAGUUGAUCGAUCGUUUGCCGCCAAGCUGCAAAUAUAUAUGCCACAAUGGUGCCGGAUAUGACCCGAUCGACACAAGUGCGUGUGCCAAAAAGGGCAUCAUAGUCACUAACGCUCCCGAUCCGGUCACCGAUGCGACCGCCGAUUUGGCCAUCUUCCUAAUGCUGGGUGCUUUGCGGCAAUUAAAUCCAUGUAUCUCCUCUCUGCGCGCGGGAAAUUUCAAGAAGGGCGUUGAAUUCGGCCACGACCCUCAGGGCAAGACCCUCGGUAUCCUUGGAAUGGGGCGCAUCGGCCGUGCCAUUAAACACCGCUGCGAUCCUUUCGGUCUCAAGACCGUCUACCACAACCGCAACCCUCUGUCGUCUGAUCAGAAUGCCGCGGCUGAGUAUGUCUCCUUUGAGAAGCUGCUUGCGGAGAGCGAUAUCAUCAGUGUUAACGUACCUCUGAACGCCCACACGAAGCACUUGAUUGGUGCAGCGCAGAUCGCUCAGAUGAAGCCGGGUGUUGUUCUCAUCAACACCGCACGAGGCGCCAUCAUUGACGAAGCUGCCAUGGCCGAUGCUCUGGAAAGCAACCAUAUUGCCGCCGUAGGGCUGGACGUUUAUGAGCGGGAGCCCGAAAUCAAUGAGAAGCUCAUGAAGCAAGAGCGUGCUCUGAUGGUUCCACACAUGGGGACUCAUACCACGGAGACGCUGGGUAAGAUGGAAACGUGGGCAAUGGAGAACGUGCGGCGUGCUAUUGUUGGGGAGCCGCUUCUGUCGCCUGUUCCGGAACACCAGGCCUUGUGCCAAUAG